GGGGGUGGGAGCAGGAGAGCUGAGGCCUGCAGCCAGAUGAUUUUCCCUGCUAAAGUCAGUGCGGGUAUCUCCCCUCCAUCAUCACCUCCCUGUAUCGCAGCUGGCUCAGGACAGCAGCGAAGGAGUUAAGGGCUGGUGCUGGAGAAGGCCGGCUGUCAGGAGGGAGCAUGUGCAGUUUGCAACCGCAUCCAUGCUACGGGUUAGAAUCACUGGAACAUUUAAUCUCCAGCAGCCGCCGCCGCCUCGAGCCAUCCAUGGAGGCGAGGAAGACAAUGCGCGGCUGAGCGGAGGAGGAGGGAGAGGCAGGAGCGAGGCAGAGCGUGGCCGCAGCAGCUGCUCUGGAGCGCGCUCUCCCCAUCUUCGCCAGGAUUUGAGAGAUUGACAGGGAUCAGCUGCUGCCACCAGCUACAGGAUGUACUGGACAAGACACCAGAAGUGAUUGGGAAGGUGUGGGCCCUGGAAUGGGAAAGAGACAGACAUUAAGAGGCAAUUACACAAUGCAGCUUUCCUAACAAAAAAGUGCCCAUAUGUGAACAGGAUGUGGCUAGACAAAUUACUGCAGAGGAAUGGGGUUUUAUCUGGAAAAGAGGACCAGCAACAUCAAGUUCCGGCUGGGGACUGUGUGGAAGGAUGGCUGCUGCGGAACCCCUGACUGCCUUCUCACGGUGGUACCUCUAUGCCAUUCAUGGCUAUUUCUGUGAGGUGAUGUUUACGGCUGCCUGGGAGUUUGUGGUCAACUUUAACUGGAAGUUCCCAGGUGUCACCAGUGUCUGGGCACUCUUCAUCUAUGGGACCUCCAUCCUCAUUGUGGAGAAGAUGUACCUGUAUCUGAAAGACAAGUGUAACAUUUUAGUGCGAUGCCUCAUUUACACCCUCUGGACAUACCUUUGGGAGUUUACCACUGGCUUCAUCCUGCGCCAGUUUAACGCCUGCCCUUGGGACUAUUCACAGUUUGAUUUUGACUUCAUGGGCCUCAUCACCCUAGAGUAUGCCAUCCCAUGGUUCUGUGCUGCGUUCAUCAUGGAGCAGCUGGUUAUCAGGAACACCUUGCGCUUGCGAUUUGAUGAAAAUGCUGAGCCAGGGGACCCUACUGCCACAAUCGCCUUGGCCAACGGCCAUGUCAAAACCAAUUGAACAAUAACCCAAUGCCACACUUAGUGAGAGAGCCCAGCCACAUCCCAGACUGGUCUCAAAGACUGAUACAUCCUGUACGAUACACAAUCCCCUUUAUGAUGAGGGCAUGCAUGGGAUAUAGCAGAAUAAAAAUGGAACCAAUAGAUUUUCUAUGGAUUUUAUGUUUUUGGCCACAAGAAGCAGUGUCAGCUACUUGUUGGUUAGGUUGUUUCUGACUUCUAAAUUAUUAUGGGGAAAAAAAGUCCUGUUAGCUGCAUUUUACUGGAUGUGGAGAAAUGAGAAAAAAUGCUACAGUUGAAAUGUAUACAAAAAACAAACUAGUGGAUGGGCAUAGACGCCCUGGCUAAAUUAGUGAUUUGGCUUAUUCCAUUAGGCAAUAUUCAGGUGCUUGCUUGCAACCAAUACCUCCCAUGGGACCUGAGAUGCUGCAGGAUCAAGGAAAAUCCAUCUGCUGUUGAGAACGACCCAACAGUGGUGCUCUACUGGGAAGGUAGACAGCGCCCCCUCUUGUGGUCUCCCUGACCUUCCCCUAAGGUUCUUUAUUGCACCAUAGUAUGUUAUGGUGCUGGACAUCUUGCUGGAUUUAUAUGAAACUUGUACUUUUUGAAUUCUCAGUCCUGAUGCUCACUCGAGAGUUUUCCCCCUACUCCUUUUUAUAAAUAAAAGGCCUUUUCUGCCGGGUGAAUUCCACCAUACCCUGUGCAAUCUGAAUCACGGCAAAGUGGCCAAAGAGAGAAAUAGCUGAAGUCUUCCCCUCACAGUGGAACUCAUCACAAGGGCUGCUCCAAGCUCCAGCUCCAUUUCCAACCAGGCAAACCCAAUGGAGAUGUAGACGCCACCUGGGGUUUUCUGCCUUCCUUCCCAGGGAUUUCUCUGUCACUAAGGAUGCUGAUGACUUAAUUCUGACUGCAGCCCCUUGCACUGCCUGAUGUCAAAGUCCUCAUUUGAUUAAGGCAGCAACCAGGAAUCAGUCGGAGUCCUCUGGGACAGACUAUAUCGCCUGUGUCUAUUUCCUCCUGCACCAGUUGAUCUUGUCUCAGCUUGGCCCAGUGUUCUUCUCCGAGUACUGACUUUAUUUUCCCUUCCUAAAUGCUAUUUUAAACUAAGUACAGCAAACCCUCUCCAUAAAGCUGAUUUGGGGCAGCACAGGAUGUGCCUCACUGCCUGAUAUCAGGGAGUAUGUUAAAAAAGAAAGUUUCUAAGGAGCACAAUGGGGCUAUUCCUCAAUUUCUUCCAGAUGAGAAUGAGGUUGGGUUGUGAGAGGGGCAGCAGGGAGGUGGAAGGGCUGCAAGGUACUGUUGCUCUAUUUUAGAGCUAUCUCAGCUAGAGAUAGUUUCAAGUUUAGCCACUUGGGAACAAUCCUGAGGCUGUGGGGGAGGUGGUGGCAUGAAAGAUGCAUUGCUCUGGCAGCCACACAUUAAUUGUUUGUCCUGAGGACUCUUCUUGGCUGCUGGCAUAAGCAACAAGGAUGCAUUGUACCACAUGGCAGUCUUCUCUCACUCAGAGCUUUAUGAGGAGGGUGUGCUGUAAAUAGGUAUAUGGGGCCAGAUUAAUUCCAGGUGUCAUUCCACCCAAGUCAGUGGCAUUGCACCAGCAAUGAAUUUGGUUCAAGAUGUGAAUGCGUGUGUGAUUGUGGAGUCUCGCUUUUCUGUUGUGUUGGGAAUGGCUGGAUUAUUACCAUGUUGGUCCAUGACUGUUCUCUCUAGCCAGCACUCAGCCCGUAAAUCUGCCCAUUGGUCUGUGGAAUUCCAUUCCAGAGGGAAAAGAAACUCUGUUGCUAUCAAUGGAAUUGUUUGUUGGUAACGCUGCUGCUUCUGAAUAAGAAUCAACACACAGUGUUAAUUUUUUUCUGUACUGCACAAAAUGCAAUUGUUUUAUUCCUCCCUGUGCCCCAUUUCACAUGACAACCUUUGCCGGCAACGGACAUGUGAAAGCAGUGGCAGCAAGGAGUUAAUGAGCUCUGUCCUGUGGUAUGCAAUGCCUCCUGAAAUACCCAGAACAUAGAGAGAGGUAUUAAUAUUCCCUUUUUGUAGUUCAUUAAAUUAAACCAACAAACAGAGAACA